AUGUCACAAUACCCCCUCUCACCAGACCAAGUCCAUUCGAUACUCUCAUACCUCGAUUUACCCCCCUCAGACAUCUUACCGCUUCCACCAAUCCCAUUGUUAACCCAACACAUAUCCAACCUCCCUCCCUCCUUACUACAGCAUUUCACAUUCCUUACUCCCAAGCAGCUCACUUCCAUACCGACAGUUAAACAUCGUAGAUUACUCUAUGCUACGUCCACCCCUACACCGAGUAUACUGAGUGUGAGCCAGGGGAGAUUACGUUGGCCAUUAUUAUGGGAGAGACUAGGUGGAGAUCCUCUUUCGGCCAUCAACGAGAAUUCUCAGUCUGCAAUCGAGGAGGAGCAGUGGGUGUCAGAAGGGUUUAUGAAUGAUCCGAACAGCGAUAGAGAGAAGAACCAGCAGGUAAAGAAAUUAGGUGGAUUCUUGAGGGUAUUGGAAGAAGAGAGGGAAUCGGAAAAUGUCAGAAUAGCGAAGAGGAUGGAAAGGAGGUUGGAGAAUCAAGGUGAAGAAUUCGAUGAUUCGGACGAGGACGAGGACGAAAGUGUAAGCUUCAAUGGUAAAUCAGGACAGGAUGGACGGGGUGAUAGGAUAGAGGUGAAAGAGAACCAAGAGGAAGUAGAAAGGGUAUUUGGGAAGAGAAUAUUGGAAAUCUUCUUAGAUGGUAUGGAUACUAUAGACUAUACCUCGAUAGAUUUCCUUGAGCCACCCGGAGGCGAUCCAAUAGCGCUUCAGGACGAGGAAGAUAGGUAUUUCGAUGACGAAGAGCCAAGUAGGACGCCUAAUGGGCAUGAUCAAGGAGCGGGACAGGAGAGCAGUGUACGGUCACGGCUGAAUGAGGAUGGAAAACAGACACAGAAUGGUCAGGGGGAAUAUGAUUAUUGA